UCACAAAGAGUUACAAAUUACAAUCACUUAGUAAGAAAAUUUAAGGUAGUAAUUGUGUACGCUCGUUCACAGAUAUAUAGAAAUUUAUCAUAAAUAAUAUAGAAAGUAAAAUAAUAAUUAUUGAAUAACGCUUGCCUUUAAUACGAGGAUAUUCAUAUAAUUUCUCUUCAUACUAAUAUGAUCCUUUUAGAUAUCAAAAACCUAAAUCAGCCGGCUGGUCCCCGUGGGGAACUAGACCGAAACCCUUCAAUAUUAAACCAACAACAACAUAAUGAAGAAAACAUUAAAAAGAAUGGAGAAGAUUGGAGGAGGCCUUUGCCACCUGGCAAACGGACACGCAAAAGUGGAACAAAAGAACAAUCUACGAAAAAUAAAGAAAAAAAUACUGUCAUGUCCGAAAAGAGGCUAUAAUAUAAUAAUAUAAUAUAAAUCAGUCUCAAUGCAUAUAAAGACAGCAAUGUUAGACGGACUGAUUUUCUUAAAUAAUAAAAAUCAUAACAAUUAAUCAACUAGAUGAUUCUAUUAAUGUUGACGGUGUAAUUCAACCGUUUGAAGUGUUAUUUUUGCGUAAAUUAAAUCAUUAUAACAUCGUGGGUUAUACAAAAAUUUAAAUAAAUUGCGUAAUUAUAUUAUGGUAAUGUCAUAUCAAUACAAAGCUAAUUUUGCCAUUGCAAACUGGAACGUCGAGGCUAACGAAUGCAUUUCGUUAGUUUCAUAAAGACAUAAUAUUUUAUGAGUGUAAAGUGUGAAUAACAGUUAAACGAAAAUGGAUAUUCUUAACAAAACAAAAGCAGAGUGGCAGCCAGAUUCAAAAAAUGUAGAUAUCAACGAAUGGUUCCUCAUGGGAUCGCCAGCACCAGUUUUAUUAAUUAUGGCGACUUACUGGAUGUUUGUGAUUAAAGUGGGGCCAUCGGUGAUGAGUAAACGUUCACCAUUAACUCUAAGAAAUAUCAUGGCUGCCUAUAAUUUUGCACAAAUAAUACUAGCAUUUGCCAUUUUCUCCAAGGGUGCUGUUUUUAUGUGGAAAAAUGGAUUUAUACAAACCGAAUGUAUAAUGGAAAAUAUUGAAUUAAAACAUUCUGUAACGAACGGCGUCUAUUUGUACCUUAUAACAAAAAUCACCGAGCUACUGGACACAGUGUUCUUCAUAUUACGUAAAAAGUAUAACCAAGCGAGUUUCCUUCACAUAUACCAUCACUCUAUUACAGUAUUAAGCACUUGGAUAGCCUUAAAAUACGAGCCCAAUACCAACUCCACACUGUUCGUGGGAACUUUGAAUUCAUUUGUACAUAUAAUAAUGUACACCUAUUAUGCGUUGUCUGCAUAUCCACAAUUGACAAAAUAUCUGUGGUGGAAGAAGUAUAUAACGAAAUUGCAACUGGUACAAUUCGCCGUGAUGAUAGUGCACUUAUUAAUAGAGUAUAAUGUUACAAAAUGCAAACCGUCCUACGUUAUAAUGUCAAUAAUGCUGUUUAAUUUAGCAUUUUUUCUGUAUCUAUUUAGUAAUUUUUAUUCAAAAACAUAUAAAGAAGCGAAUGUAGUAGCUAAUGGAAAAACAAAGAAUGUAGAUUAAGCAUAGAUAAUAAAGCUUUAAAGUAUAGACACAUCAUAAAUUGUCUUUUUUACCUUUAGCUUAUGUUCAACCGAUUCUCAUGCGGCUAUGGAUCAAUGGAUUUUUCAUACAAUGUGCGGUUUUUUUGCAUCGGAUCAUAUCGCAUAAGAUUUAAAAAAUCAUGAAGUGAAGACACAGUGAAGAUUUACUGUCUAUUAAGACAUUACCUUUCCUCCAUGCAAUGAACAAUAUAA